GCAACAUAGCAGGCACCGGUAGAAACAUUUGAUUAUCUGAACCAGAGGAGGACUUUUGAGCGACUGCAAUAAAAUGGCCAACCGCAACCGUAAGUUUGCGCCAAAGGAACAAAAUGUGUGGAAAGUGCCUGUAGAACCGAAUGGGCCAGCUGCCAGUGCUGGUGGUGGAGGUGAUGGCGUAAAGAACAAACCCCAAAAACCCGCAAAAACAGCUAGCCCAGCUGAUGAUAACGCCGUUAGUGGUUCGAAAAUCCCUGUCUCCAGAACGGCGACCAGCAUGAUAAAGAAAUCGCAGGAAAAGUUCAACCAAGUGCAACGGCAACAUGCUGAAACGGCUCGGAAGUAUGCCACCGAGUACGUAUCGAGUGACGAGGACGACGACGGAACCACGGGUGGUGCCUCCGAUGCGUCGACACAGGCCAUUCUGGGGGACGUGCUGAAAAAUUACCAUGGGAUCGAUGCGGACGUGGGCAGAACGCAGGAGUAUUUGCAGAACUUGCUCGAAUCACGUAACGCCGUAUGCCUGAUCUGCAUCGAGACGGUGAAGCGCGCGGAUAAGAUUUGGUCGUGUCACUCGUGCUACACAUUCUUUCACCUCAUGUGCAUCCAACGCUGGGCAAACGAUAGUAUGUCGAUGAAGCGGAUAAACCAUGAGCAGCAGGAAGGCUAUUACAACAACCGGGGGGAAUACAUCCCUAAGCCGGUCCUUUCGGUGCACUGGGAUUGUCCGAAAUGCCGCAAGGAAUACCAGCCGCAAGAUAUUCCGCGCCAUUACGAAUGUUUCUGCCGGAAGGAGCAGAAUCCGUCCGCUCACCCAUGGUUGAUUCCGCACUCGUGCGGUGAACCGUGCGAGAAAAAUUUAAACCCCGAAUGUGGUCACACUUGCCGACUCCUCUGCCAUCCGGGACCGUGUCCUCCAUGUCCGCAAACGAUCAGUGUAUCGUGCCGUUGUGGCAGCUCUGCUUUAAAAACCAUACGCUGCUCACAAAAGUCAUGGACGUGCGUGAAAAAGUGUACUCGUAAGCUGAGCUGUGGAAUACACGAGUGUGGCGCACAGUGUCACGAGCCCGGCAAAUGUCCGCCGUGCAAAAACCGCAGCAAGCAGCAGUGUCUCUGUGGAGCAAAAACCAAGGAAGUUAACUGCCACGAAUCGCGCUGGCAGUGUGGAACGGUUUGCAAUAAACCGUUUCCGUGCAGCAUUCACAAGUGCGAGCUCAAGUGUCACGAUGGACCGUGUGGAGAGUGUCCUCUCGGGUUGCCACGGUCGUGUCCCUGUGGUAAGACGGAAACGCGUGCCGCAUCCUGCUCGGAGCGCAUAGGUACGUGUGGCGACACGUGCCAGAAGGUGCUCGAGUGCGGACAACAUCACUGCACGGAACGUUGCCACCAGGGACCGUGCGGAAGCUGUCUGGUGCUGGUUGGCAAAGUGUGUCGCUGUGGGGCCACGACGAAGGAGGUGGGCUGCCACCGUGAGGCAACCUGCGAGAGCAAGUGUAAGAAAGUGCGCACCUGUGGAAAGCAUCCCUGCAACCGGAAGUGCUGCGAUGGGCAGUGUCCGGAAUGCGAUAAGGUGUGUGGAAAGACGCUCCCGUGCGGAAAGCACAAAUGUACCUCACUCUGCCACCAGGGACUGUGCUAUCCGUGCAACCAAAAGUCGGCUGUUAAAUGUCGUUGCGGCGGAACAUCCAUCGAGGUGCAGUGCGGGCGCGAGAAAAAGGCAAACGCACCAAAGUGUAAAUUGCCCUGUCGGAUUCACUCCAAGUGUCAUCAUCAGAAUCCGCACGACUGCCACCAGGGCGAGUGCCCACCGUGCACACAAUUGUGCGGACAACCGAACGACACAACCAACUGCGAGCAUCCUUGUGAGGCCCGGUGCCAUGCGGCCGUAAAAGUAGUAACCAAAGACAAAAACUUUAAACCUGUCGGACCGUGGGAUGUGCCACAGGAAGUGGUGGAAAUCAAAACGCUCCCGCAUCCACCCUGUCCCGUGAAGGUGCCGGUAAUGUGUCUGGGUGGGCACGAAACGGCCGACUGGCCAUGCUCUAACUCAAAACCGUCCUCGUGUGGACGCGCCUGUGGCAGGAAGCUUCGAUGCGGGCUGCACCAGUGUCCACUCAUCUGUCAUAAAGUUACCCACCGUGCGAGCACGACGCAAGAUUCACGAUGCGAAGCGUGUACGGCAGGUUGCGCCAUUCCACGGCCAACCGGAUGUGUUCAUCCAUGUCAGCGCGCUUGUCACAAUCCACCGUGCAAUCCGUGCCAGGUUGCUAUCAAGACAAAUUGCUAUUGCGGUCUUACGCAGGUGUUUUACAAAUGUCACGAGUUCUAUCCUCCGGACUUGGAUGGGAAGGAGAAGGGAGAGCUGGUGGAAGCGUUGAAGCAACGUCGGGCGUCCGUAAUGAGCUGUGGACAAAAGUGCAUCAAAAAUCUUCCUUGUGGCCACCGGUGCUCUGCCACCUGCCACCCAGGACGAUGCCCAAAUCCGGAGCUGUGCGCAAAGAAGGUUAAAAUCACUUGCAAAUGUGGCCAUCGUAAGGCGGAAGUUAAUUGCAACGCCGCAAGGGUCACUCCAACUCUCGGUUGUGACGACCAGUGCACGUUGCUGCAGGAACGGAAACGGGCGGAGUUGGAGAAACAACAGGAGGAGGAGCGCGCCCGCCAAGCGAUCGAAAACCAGAAAGAGCUGGAGGAGUAUGAGCGCAAGUUUAACCGGCGGAAGCACCGCGAGCGGAAGCGUCAGGAAGUGGAGCAGGAAGAAGGUGGCCGUAGCUGGAUGUAUCUACUUCCGGUGGCUGUUGUGUUGAUAGCUAUAGCUGUAUACUUUUUGAUGCUACAGUAAAUUUAGGUCCAUUUUGUUAUUUUCAAAUAGGAUUGCUGUGUGUUCCGUCAGAAUGAAUUGUGAUAAAUUACCUGAAUGUGUGACGCUA